AUGGCGCUCAUCAGGUUGCUUUUACUAGGCCUGCUGCCGUUCCUAUGCCUGUCGGCCUCCCUUCCGAAGCCAUCACGAUUUGACCAACUGGGACAGAGGGGCAAGCUGACAAGUGCUCACCGCACGUCCGAGAGCGGAAGGCAUAUCAGAGCUACGCUUCAAUCUCGGAAGGUGAACAACAUAACUGGUGGUUCGAUGUCCAUAUAUGAUGAGACAUCUAAUAUCUCAAGUCGGUCACCACGAGAGCCGUUAGCAAGAUACGGUGCGGGGAUUGUAUAUAUGCUAGAACUUGCUCUCGGAACUCCCGGACAGAUAAUUUCGGCUAUCCUCGAUACCGGAUCGUACACGCUACUCGUGGAUCCGGACUGUAACCAGGCGGCGGACCCGAAAGCUUGUCGGACAUAUGGGUACUACGACACUAAACAGUCGUCUACCGCCAAAAACCUCAAUGGCUGGUUCUCUGGCCAAUUUGGCACUGGCUAUAUGGAGGGGGUAUGGUUCAGUGACACAGCCUAUGUCGGGCUAGACAACCUACCGCUUCCUAAUCUAAGAGUCGGGGUAAGCAAGUGGAGCGAGUAUAUUUGGGCUGGGGUGUUGGGCGUCUCAUACGGCAAGGCGUGGAAUACCGGAUACCAAACCUUACUGGAUCUUCUUGUUACGCAAAGCUAUAUUGAAGUACCAAUAUUUAGUUUAGGCGUCGGAUAUCAAGGUGGUGGGAGUCCGAGUGACAUAAUCUUUGGAGGAGUAGACAGAAAGAAGUUCCGAGGAUAUCUAGAGCCUCUAGAGGUUUACCCGUACCCGGACCAGCAACUGAAGCUCUUUGGACAAGUAGGCUAUCGGGUAAAUCUAACAUCUUUGGGCGUCACCCCUCCUGGACGGAACGAAACAAUGUUGACUGACACUGAUUUCGAACGUAAUGUACUAAUUGACUCGGGAUCUACGUAUACAUAUCUCGACGCAGACCUAGUUGCUACUAUUGCAAGGGCCUUAAACGCGUACCAAGAUGAGAAUGGAGUCUAUCGUGUAUCAUGCGACAUCCGAAAUUUGGACGGCUCCGUGAAUUUUGGGUUUAACUUUUAUAAUAUAAUCGUUAGAGUCAAUUAUGCCGACUUCAUCGUCGACUUCGAUAAUUAUUGCGCUCUAGGGGUCCAGCCGACAGAUAACAAAAAUUCGACGUGGGUGUUAGGGACGAGUUUCAUUCGAGCUGCAUAUCUGAUAUUCGAUCAGCUGAAUAAUGCCGUCUGGAUUGCACAAUACUUCCCGUGUGGCGAGAAUGAGAUAGCGGAUCUCACUCAGGAUGCCGGCAGACAACUGUGGUUAGAGGUCACUGGCUUAUGUUGA